AUGGCUCCACUUGUUGAUUCUCAUGAGAUUCAUGUUCUUGCUGUGGAUGAUAGUCUUGUUGAUAGGAAAGUCAUUGAGAAGCUCCUCAAAAUCAUUUCUUGUAAAGUGACAGCAGUUGAUAGUGGGAGAAAGGCUUUGCAGAUUUUAGGAUUGGAUGGAGAAGAAAAUUUGGUUGAUUGUGAUGGCUUCAAAGUAGAUCUGAUAAUUACAGACUAUUUCAUGCCUGGUAUGAAUGGCUAUGAGUUGCUGAAAAAAAUUAAGGGUUCAUCUAAUUUUAAAGAAAUACCAGUUGUGAUCAUGUCAUCCGAAAACGUUAUGACUCGAAUUGAAAGAUGUCUUGAAGAAGGUGCUGAAGAUUUCAUAGUGAAGCCCGUGAAAUUAUCCGACGUAAUACGACUCAAAAACUACAUGUUUCGCGAUAAACAGAUUAUCGACCCAGCUCAAAUUCAAGAGCCCGUCAAGGGGAAACCGUAUAAUUCACUCUAG